AUGGCACCUUACUCGGAGAAAGAGGUCGUGCUCAUUACAGGCGCAACGAAUGGCAUUGGCCUGGACACGGCGAUUUAUAUUGCGUCCGCCUCCCCAAACUAUCAUGUCAUCAUCGGUGCACGCAACCUUUCGAAGGGUGGGACCGUUUUGAAAGAACUGCAAGCCAAACCGGACAUCCAAGGCACCCUCUCUCUGGUACAACUUGACGCCAACGACGACACUUCCAUUGAAGCGGCAGCCAAGAAAGUCGAGCAGAAUUUCGGACAUCUUGACGUCCUUAUCAACAAUGCUGGUGUUUGCCCAGAAAGAGAUGGAACAUGGCCCAACCGAGAGCUGAUGCGCACGAUCUUCGAGACCAACGUGUUUGGCGCAACACUUAUUACCCAGGCUUUCAUUCCCCUAAUGAAGCAUUCAUCCAAUCCACGCAUCAUUAACGUAAGCUCCAGCCUCGGCAGCAUUGGCGCAAUCUCAGACCACAGCGGCUCUUACUCUGGUGUGAAAUAUCCUGGAUAUCGCAUGAGCAAAGCUGCACUGAAUAUGUUGACAGCAUACCAGUACUAUCAGCUCAAGCCGGACGGCUUCAAAGUCUGGACCUACUGUCCUGGCUUUGUAGUAACGGAUCUGGGUGGCGACAGAGAACAGAGAGUAGAGAACGGCGUCGAAAGCUCAGAGACAAGCGCAAAGGGGCUAUUGGAAAUCGUGCAGGGUGAAAGAGAUGCUGAAGUGGGUGGCUUCAUUGCCAAAUAUGGACAAAAGCAUCAUUGGUACUCUAGUGCAAGGCAUCGCAUGCUGAACAGCAUGGGUAGGAUGGCGUAUAAAUGCCGAGCCUUGCUACUCGCAGCCUUUAUGUGUAUUUUGAGUGUCUUCAUCUUGUAUACGGAUUUUGCUUACAAAGGAACGAGCAAUAUGAUGGGCCCUUUGACUUCCGCGAGCAUCAUGCUCUUCGCUCAAAGCGCAUUGGCUUCAAAGUCCGAUAUUCGCUUCAACCACAUCCAGGUUAUCGGAACACACAACUCCUACCAUCGUGAGGUCUCACUUGCCGAGCGACCUGUGUUCGAGAAGUAUGUUCCGUCCCCAGAAGACUACUACUAUUCCCACGCGGAGCUCGACAAUCAAUUGGAGUACCAAUCCGUACGCUCUUUCGAACUCGACCUGCACUCGGAUGAGAAGGGCGGUCUAUACUAUCCUCCCGUAAUAUGGACUCUUUCAAACUUGACCAACACAAGCACACCUUACGACGGGAAUGUGUUGAAGAGGCCGGGCAUCAAGGCAAGUUGUGUUUUCCACGUCACAGAUUUUGACCCUGACUCUGUCUGCCACACCUUCAUUGACUGCCUUAAGCAGUUGAAGAGCUGGUCGGAUGCGAAUCCCAGACACGUACCCAUUACUAUCGACUUAGAGCUAAAGACAGAUGCGCCAGCAUGUCAGCUAGGCGGUGUCUGCCCUGGUGAAGCGACAAACUGGACGCUUCCACGCCUCUUGAACGUCGACGCGGAAAUUCUCUCUGUUUUCCCCAAGGAACAGCUCAUCCGCCCCGACGAUGUGCGUAAGAAUGGCCUCACCCUCGAACAGUCUGUCUUGCAGCAUGGGUGGCCAAAGCUAAAGGACGUGCGCGGUCGGCUGAUGUUCUUCUUCGACAACGAUCCGAAGCCAACUGAUCCCAAUUCGCCUCGUGAGCUCUACCUUGCUGGUGCACCAUCACUUCAGAACCGUACCGUCUUCACCAACGCACUCGAAGGCUCACCCGAUGCUGCAUUCAUCAAGCACAACGAACCGCGCGGCAAUGACACCGCUGAGAUUCAGCGUCUUGUGAAGAAGGGAUACCUGAUCCGAACUCGUGCUGACGUGCCUCUCGAUACUAUCCUGAACCGCACUACGGAGAUGCGGGAAAGUGCUUUCGAGAGCGGUGCGCAGAUCGUCAGCACCGAUUUCCCAGCGUGGGGCAUGAGCAGUCGAUGGGGCUGGGACUAUGUGGCCAGACUUCCUGGAAGAUUAGCUGCAAGGUGUAACCCUGUGACUGCACCAGAAGGAUGCAAGGAUAAAGAUCUUGAGUAG